AGGAGGCAAGUAUGUGUGUGUGUGUGUGUGUGUGUGUGUGUGUGUGUUCAUUAGAGUUAGAGACAGCGAUGUUAAUGGUGUACAUGUUGGUGUUUUAUGUGUUUUUAGAUUAAGACUUUAUCAGUGAUGGCAGUAAAUCUGAGUAAACACGGUGCAGCACUCUCUGAUGCUUAUAAUGAAGUGGUGAAUGGGAGAACUGACACUGACUGGGUUUUAUUUACAUAUGAAGGAAACAGCUAUGACAUCCAAGUAGCAGCAAAAGGAGGUGGAGGUUUAGAUCAGAUGGUGCAGGAGCUCAAUGCGGGUAAAGUGAUGUACGCAUUCUGCAGAGUGACUGAUCCAAAUUCCGGCGUGCCAAAAUUUAUACUCAUUAACUGGACUGGUGAAGGAGUGGCAGGUGUGAGGAGAGGUGUGUGCGCUAAUCACUUCAACUCCAUGGCCCAUUUUUUAAGGGGAGCUCAUGUGGUGAUUAAUGCACAUUCAGAAGACGAUGUUGAGCCUGAACUCAUUAUGAAUAAAGUCUCUCAGGCUGUAGGAGUGACUUACAGCUUACACACUGAAUCAAAUCAAUUUAACAGCACUUCAGCCUCACGUCCUGUGGGUUCAACGUAUCGCAAAACCAACGCAUUAGAGGAAAUUAAAGGAACUGACAGGGACAACUUCUGGGCUCAAAUGGAGAAAGAGGAACAAACUCGCCGACAGCAGGAGCGAAAAAAAGCAGAGGAGGAACGACAGAGAGUGGAGAAAGAGAGAACCGAACAGGAGGAGAGAGAGACAGCAGAGAGAGAGCGACAGCUGAGAGAGAGAGCUAAACAGAUCAAUCAGCAGAGACUGUUUGAGAAGAGACAGGAAACCGAGCAUCAAAAUCAGCAGCGACAAGAACCGGUGGAGCAAGAACUUCGGUCUGCUGAGUGGAAAGGAAUAAGAAGCUCCAGAUCUGUUCAGGAAGCCAAUGGUUCAAAGUAUUAUAAAACCAGUGCUUUAGAGGAAAUUAAUGGAACCGACAGGGAAAAUUUCUGGGCUCAAUUGGAGAAAGAGGAACAAACUCGCCGUCAGCAGGAGCGAAAAAAAGCAGAGGAGGAACGACAGAGAGUGGAGAAAGAGAGAAAAGAACAGGAGGAGAGAGAGACAGCAGAGAGAGAGCGACAGCUGAGAGAGAGAGCCAAACAGAUCAAUCAGCAGAGGCUGCAGGAGAAGAAGCAGGAAGCUAAAAAUAUAAAUCAACAGAAAUCGGUGGAGCAAGAACUUCAGGCUGCUCAGUGGAAAGGAAUAAGAAGCUCCAGAUCUGUUCAGGAAGCCAAUGAUGCAGCAGCCAUCAUCUCUCAGCGUGCCGUCAAUCCCAGAGACAUCUUCAGUCAAAAAGAAACAAAUUUCCUCACUAACAGAGCCUCUGAAACACAACCAGCUUGUAAUGGAGAAGGAACGCUGGAGGAAAACAUCUAUGACGUUCCAUCACAUCACAGAGUCUACGAUGAGGUGAAAGAUGACAGAAUGUCUGCAGUGAAACAGUCGGCUGGUCUGCAGCAGAGUCUCUACGCUAAAGCUCUGUAUGAUUAUCAGGCGGCUGAUGAGACUGAGAUCACCUUUGACCCCGGUGACAUCAUCACUGUUGUAGAGAUGACUGAUGAAGGCUGGUGGCACGGUUACGGGCCUGGUGGGCAUUAUGGGAUGUUUCCUUCUAAUUACGUGGAGCUCAUAUAAAUUGCACUUUAAUGUUUAAUCUGUUACUGAAAUGCUCCUGAAGGUUUGGUGGUUUUGCGUCUGUUAAACCUGAGCAGUUUGAGAAUUUAUUGAGAUUUACAGCAGUAAAUAUGCUACACACAUGUAAUUAAUAUGUUUAUCAGAUUACUGUUCAGUUGGGUUCCUUUAAAAAACUGUAUUUCUGAAAACACAAACAUUUAACUGCUAAAAUACUGUGUUUGGAUUCAUUAAUUUAGGAAACACACACACACAUUAAAACAAUAAAGUAAAUUUUA